GUAGCACAGCAAAAUAAAAAUAGAAGCUUCAGUUUGAAGGAAAUACCUAUAUAGAAGUAUAUAUAGUGGUGGGAGGAUAAAUACUGAUAGAUAAGGGUAUGGAACACAUCAAGAGAAAAAUAAACAAGGGAAAAGGGUGGUGAGAGUGACAGCUACAGGCAAAGAUAGAGAGGGUGUGUGGAAGUAAGAGACUUACAGACCAGAAGACAUGGAGGAUUCCUCAGACUCUGACCCUUUCUGUGGGGAAAUCCCAGCCACCAGGGUUGAGCUGACUGUUUCUUGCAGAAAUCUUCUGGACAAAGACACAUUUUCAAAGUCAGAUCCAAUGUGUGUUCUGUACACUCAGGGUGUAGAGUGUAAACAAUGGAGAGAGUUUGGACGCACAGAAGUGAUUGAUAACUCCUUGAACCCAGAUUUUGUUCGAAAAUUUGUUUUGGAUUAUUUCUUCGAGGAGAAGCAGAAUCUGAGAUUUGAUCUGUAUGAUGUUGAUGCAAAGAGCCCAGAUUUGUCAAAGCACGAUUUCCUAGGACAGUGCUUCUGCACACUAGGAGAGAUUGUUGGUUCCGCAGGAAGUCGUCUGGAGAAAUCAUUAAUAAUUGGACAAAAUGCUCCAAAUUCAAGAUCCGGAAGAUCUACACAGUCAAUGUCUAAUGGUGGCAUUCCCAGUAAGAAGUGUGGCAUCAUAAUCAUAUCUGCUGAAGAACUUAGCAACUGCAGGGAUAUUGCUACAGUGCAAUUUAGUGCCCACAAACUGGAUAAGAAAGACUUUUUUGGAAAAUCUGAUCCUUUCAUGGUUUUUUAUAGAAGCAAUGAAGAUGGGACAUAUACCAUCUGCCACAAAACGGAGUAUGUGAAGAAUACACUGAGCCCUGUUUGGCAGAAGUUCUCCAUUCCAGUAAGAGGGUUAUGUAAUGGAGACUAUGACAGGACAAUUAAGGUAGAGGUCUAUGACUGGGACAGAGAUGGGAGCCAUGAUUUUAUUGGUGAAUUCAGCACCAGUUACAGGGAAUUGUCCAAAGGUCAAAGCCAGUUUAAUAUAUAUGAGGUCAUUAAUCCACGCAAGAAAAUUAAGAAGAAGAAAUAUAUAAAUUCUGGAACGGUCACACUUUUGUCUUUCUCAGUGGAAUCAGAAUAUACGUUCCUGGAUUAUAUUAAAGGAGGUACGCAGAUAAAUUUUACAGUAGCAAUAGACUUCACAGCAUCAAAUGGCAAUCCAUCUCAGUCAACAUCACUGCAUUAUAUGAAUCCGUACCAGUUGAAUGCAUAUGCUCUUGCACUAAAGGCUGUUGGGGAGAUUAUACAGGAUUACGAUAGUGAUAAACGGUUUCCAGCACUUGGAUUUGGAGCAAAGCUUCCACCUGAUGGGCGUGUCUCUCAUGAGUUUCCCCUUAAUGGAAGUAUUGAGAACCCACAAUGUAACGGGAUUGAGGGAAUCCUGGAAGCAUAUCAUAAGAGCUUGAAAUCUGUUCAGCUCUAUGGUCCAACAAACUUUGCUCCUGUGGUGAACCGAGUGGCCAGAUUUGCUGCUGCUGUGCAGGAUGGCUCUCAUUAUUUUGUUCUACUCAUUAUCACUGAUGGAGUCAUUUCAGAUAUGUCCCAAACAAAAGAGGCAAUAGUAAAUGCAGCUAUGCUUCCAAUGUCAAUAAUUAUUGUUGGUGUAGGCCAAGCUGAAUUUGAUGCUAUGGUGGAAUUAGAUGGUGAUGAUGUAAGAAUUUCAUCACGGGGAAAGCUGGCAGAAAGAGAUAUUGUACAGUUUGUUCCUUUCCGGGAUUAUGUCGAUCGUACAGGUAAUCACGUGCUAAGCAUGGCACGACUUGCUAAGGAUGUUCUUGCAGAGAUUCCAGAUCAGCUGAUUUCUUACAUGAAAGCAAGGGGCAUCAAACCAAGUUCUGCACCACCACCCUACACACCUCCUGGGUUGCAAGCACAGAUUUGACCACACAAGAGCAAAAAA